UUUCCCUCCAAACAUUUUCAAAAAAUAUCCUCAAAAAAUUUCCUGGUCCGCCAUGGCUCCGGCUCCUUUCUUCAUCCUAUCUCCUAAGGUCAGCGUCCUCUAAUACGGUAAUACCUUUGCAGAUUUUCAUAUAGCACGCAUCCACAUCCAAGACCCUUGAAAAUUUCCAUGCCUUUGUACUAGCCGUGUUCCUGAUUUGUUGGCCAUCUAGGGUUUGCGUUUUUCAUUUUCUUUGUCAAGUCUAUACACUCCCCCCCCCCCCCCCCCCCCCCCAAAAAAAACCCAAAAAAAAUUCCGACUGGUAAGUUUUUUGUAGUUGCUUAGAUCUUUCAUCAGAAGAAUCUAGAAAUAUUUUCGAUUUCUAUUCUUGCUUGUGGAAGAUUCGUAUGGUGAGUGCAGGAAGUUUGUGUUUUCUGUUUUUGUUUUAGUUUUAGUUUUUGUUGUAUUGAGCAAUGUUGGUGCCGGCAGGAGGCCGGGUUUCCGUGCAUGUGGAUCGGAGGAUCUUGUGCUAGCUGUUCUGUUAUUUGUCGAGAAGAAUUUAGAAAAUUUUCUUUAUGCUUUUUGUUCGUGGAAGAUCUGUAUGGUGAGUGAAGGAUUUUGAUUGUGUUUUCUUGUCGAGUGUUGUUGGUGUGUGCAGUAAGCUGGGCUUUCUGUGUGUGUGGAUCGGAUGAUCUCGUGCUAGUUCUUCUAAUAUUUGUUGAGAAGAAUUUCAAAUCUAUCUUGAUUUUUUUUUUUCUGGAGGAUCUGUAUGGUGAGUGAAGGAUCUUCAUUUUGGCGUUUUCUUGUCGAGUGUUGUUGGUGUGUGCAGUGAGCUGGGGUUUCUGGGUACGGGAACCAAAAGAUUAAGAAUUCAUCCAUUUUGGUUAGUUCGAGAGAAAGGUUUCUGAGAUUUGUGUACUAAAAGGCUAUAUAUUAAAUUGGCCUUACGGGAUCUAUAAUUUGCAAUGAGUGAGGAUACUUCCGCUGAUGGGUCUGGCAAAGCCUCAUCUGUCCUGGGUGACAUCACUAAUCGACUUGGAAAAAGGGACUUUUCAUUGUUUUCUGACAGUACAGUGCGUAAAUCUGAAAACAAGCAUGGUAGAAUUGUGGAUAACGAUGAAGGGGAUUCACAGUCCCGCAAGCAAGGAUCCCUAAAAUUGGACAGAUUGGUCAGGGAGAAGAAUAUGACUAACUGUGUUGUAGGUGGCAAGGAGAAGGGUAAGCAGCCCAGAGAUUGUGUUGUUACCCUUCAGGAGAACAGCAAACCCGUAGUGGCACAGGUAAGUAAUGAAAUUAGAGAAGCCCCCAUUAUGUUAGAUGGUGGGAUUCAUUCUGAAGGGGAUGAUACUGUAAGUCAUAGCGUCAUGGAAAUGGGCGAUGCAUCAAGAGAUAGCUGCUUUUCUAGUAGUUCAAUGCGUGGAGGCUCUGGACCAAGCCAUAUUGAUUGUUGUGUUGCUGUGGAGAAGUGUCAGGGCAAUGAAAGAAGAACCGCUUCAGAUGUUGCAGAUAGCAAUCCUGUCUGUGAAACAUUACUUACUCGUGUUUGCAGUGAUCAUGCUAAGGAUCUCAGUGUUGAUAAUUUGGCCUCAAGAAAAUGUGGGUCUGUCAAGGGUUCAAGGUUGGCUAAGUCGCAGGGCUCUAAAUCUUUUGAACUGGAGAGAUGCCGAGGACUCAAGAAUGAUUCUUGUUUGAAUUUGUCUACGGAUUUUGAUUCGCUCAAGGCUUGCUCUUGUUCUUUUUGCAUGAAAGCUGCUUUUGUUUGGUCUGACCUCCAUUACCAAGAUAUCAAAGGCCGACUUACUGCAAUAAAGAAAAGUCAGAAAGAAGCGAGCAUUUUGGUUCACAAGAAUAACAGGCAUAAGCUGCCUGCCAGAAAUGGCCACGAAAAUUCCAGUAAACCCUCAAAAUUAGAAUCUGAUCUCAUGGAUCAAUGGAGGUUACUGUUUCUUCGCACGGAGGACAUCUUUCUUCAUGAAAUCAGCCAACUUGAAUCUAGCUUUCAUGCACUAAAGGAUCUGAGAGACAACUGCAAGACAGAUUUGGAAAUGACUAAUGGGACGUCCUCGGUUAGCCAAAAAUGUUCUUCUGAUGCUUCUGGUGAUUGAGUUGUUUGCAACUCUAGUAGGAGCCAUUUGGAAGCCUUUUGACAUUUGUAAGAUUUUGUCAAAUGGCUGCUUUUGUUACUGUGUGUAUGCUUGAUUCAUGGUAGGUUAACAUUUUGAUGGUUUCUUUUUCACUUAAAUUUGAAGCUGUAAACCUUUUGCAACACAUGUACUAUCUCUUGGUGCCGUUAGUGAUCCUCCUUGAAUAACAUUUUGCCCCUAGUUUGACCUUC